AUGUACGUUGCCAUCAUGGAUCUGAGAGGUGCUCUUGUGAUCAUCUGUCUGUGCGCUCUGGCCAUCACCUUCACUGACGCUGGAAUCCCAAAAUGUUGCAUCAGCAUAAGGCCCGUUAAUUUGAAAAAGCUUCCUAAAAUCGUACGAUGGGAAAUGCAGCACAGCUAUGGUGUCUGUGACAUCGAUGCACUGAAAGUGUACAUAGUGGGCAGGAGUAAACCCAUUUGUGCUCAUCCAUCGUUGAAGAACCAACUUGAAAAGCGUAUGGUUAAAGUGCAACGGCUCCAUCAACUGAAAUCAAAAAGGAACUGA